AUGGGCAAAACUACUGAAUGUUUCCCAGGAAACCCAAUAUUUGGAUCGAAGGAAAAUAAAAUUAUGUUGCAAGGACUUACAGUAGCAUCAUUAGAUUCUUGCUCAUCAUCGUUUAAUGCAUAUGCGCCGAUAAAACCGCAAGUGAGAUGGAUAAACACGGUCAUUUUGGAUUGUGGCGCAGUAAAAAACAUUCAAAAUGGAAAGAUUUCUCUCGACAAAAAAUCAAAAACGUCUGUUGGAGCUACGGCUACAGUUGAAUGUGAUCAAGGUUAUCUAGCAAGCCAGCAGAAAAUUGUCUGUCUAAAUACCGGAAAAUGGCAAAAAUCCAUUUGCGCAAUAAAAGACUGUGGUCCUGUUAAAAAAAUGUUACGUGGAAGAGUUAUCCUUGACAAAACAAAGACGUCGACAUAUGGAGCAACAGCGACUGUAAAAUGUAGCCCUGGUUAUAGACCUAAUCAAAAGAAAAUAGUUUGCUUGGAUACAGGGGAAUGGGAAACAGCAAGAUGCAAAAUCAAAGGCAAUGUUCAGUAUUUAUUAGAUCCAAAUGAAUUACCGACGUUAAUAACUUCUAAAUAUAUGAUAUUAAAAAUAUAA